UAGGACCUGGAAGAAAUUUGACUCUGUGUGGGAGGACAACAGCGGUUCAGCACAUGCCUACUACAGUACUAGAAUCACAGCAGAAGGACUUAUACUGACAACAUCCCUGGACAAAUCUGACAUUAAGAAUAUAUUUCAUUACCAUACUAACCACGGCAUAAAGAAAACGAGUAAACAUUAGAAAGAUACGCAAGAACCAUGUUGUAAGCGGCGGCUGUUGCCAUACAAAUAAUCAACAUACUUUACCUAUGCCUCCUAGGAAGAUAAUAAACAAGAACAUCUGAUUCUCUGAAGUCAUUUUUCGACAGCUUCACUUUGGAUCAUUUCUACAAUGUAUAGAACCUUGACAUCACUGUGAUUUUAAUGCUAUAACAAGACGACAAUUAAAAGAGAUUGAAAACCCAAGUGUGGAGUUAUCUUUUAAAAAAUGAGUCAUUUGCAAGCUGGUCUUUGUCCUGAAACUAUAGAGAAAGCUCGUUUGGAACUAAAUGAGAACCUGGACACUUUACAUCAGGAUAUACAGCAGGUCAGAGACAUGGUCAUCACAAGACCUGAUAUAGGGUUUCUCCGAACAGAUGAUGCUUUCAUUUUAAGAUUCCUUAGAGCAAGGAAAUGUAAUCAAAUGGAGACCUUCAAACUACUUGCUCAGUAUUUUCAAUACCGUCAGCAGAAUUUGGACAUGUUUAAAAGCUUCAAGGCAGACGAUCCUGGGAUCAAACGAGCAUUAAUGGAUGGCUUUCCUGGAGUCUUAGAAAACCUUGAUCAAUACGGCAGGAAGAUCCUUAUCCUCUUUGCAUCUAACUGGGACCAGAGUAGGAACUAUUUUGUUGACAUCCUAAGGGCCAUCCUGCUCUCUUUGGAAGUCCUGAUUGAAGACCCAAAACUGCAAAUCAAUGGCUUCACCUUAAUAAUAGACUGGAGCAACUUUUCCUUUAAACAAGCAUCCAAACUUACCCCCACCAUACUCAAACUGGCCAUUGAAGGGCUACAGGACAGUUUCCCUGCUCGCUUUGGAGGAAUCCAUUUUGUUAAUCAGCCUUGGUACAUUCAUGCGCUGUACACCAUAAUAAAGCCAUUCCUCAAAGACAAGACCAGGAAACGGAUUUUUCUUCAUGGAAACAAUUUGAACAGUUUGCAUCAACUAAUCUUUCCGGAGUGCCUGCCUUCAGAAUUUGGGGGCAUUCUACCCCCUUAUGACAUGGGAACUUGGGCCCGGACAUUAUUAGGACCAGACUACAACGACGAAACAGAAUACACUCACACAUACAAUGCGUUGCAUGUGAAGCAAGUGCUGGGAAACUCUGAGAGAGAUUGUUCUCCCAAACACAUGAAAAGGUGAGUGGAUCCACAGGGAACUCCAAAGAAAAGUAAAUAUUUCUGUAUAGUAUUUCAAACUCAGCUGAAACAUACUGCAAUUAAGCAAAAGGAAUGUCAAAUCUGUGGCUGAGCGCAAGAACUUGCCUUGUCACCUUCUUCUGCAGUAAUUGUGUGCAUCCAGUGCCCACAUGGGGCUGUUUAGAAAUGACAAUGACAAAUAUAUAUUCCUGCCUGAAGUAUUGUGCUUUGUGUUUGUUACUGUAGACUCUGUCCUUUAGUGGAUAUUGUUAAAAUUAAAAAGCAACAAUAUUAGUUGUAUGAUUUUAAUGAAUAAAACACCACAUCAGCAAUAGGUUAAACACUGCCCAUUGUAAAGAAAUAAUAGUUAUUCCCAUGCCAGCAAAAUUAUUGAGAUUUCAGAUAUAAAAUGACAUUAUUGGUGUAUUCAGUUGCUCACGUAUUGAUCAACCACACAGAAAGGUUUGACUAAUGCAUUGUCCUGAAGAAAAUGUACCCUUAGCAAACAAAAGUCUUGUAAGAAAAGAUACUUUUAUACUGAGAGGAUGGAACCUCUCACCCAAUUUUCUUUAGAGUACAGUAGUCUUCAGCUAAGAGAACACCCCCGGGAAGCAAGCAUUCUUACAGCCUAAGUGUUCUCCAAGCGGAGUUAGCCACCACACACAAUUUGAAUCAAUAAAUAAAUACAUAUGUAUUAGU